AUGGCGCCACGUUGGGCCAGGUUCAUCCAUCCGGAGGCACCAGAUGUACAUGGCAAAUACCAACCGACAGACGACAAGAUCUUCAAAUCUCCAUUCGGUCCAUUUCCCCCUACGCCGAAGGACUUGAACGUUCACGAGUUGUGUUUCCCCCCGGAUCAGCCUUUGCCUCCUGACUAUGAUCUCUUCAUCGACGCUGUGACCGAUGAGAGAGUCACGCUCCACCAGUUUUACAACCGAGUAUGUGCCCUAGCACGAGCCCUUCGUUACGAUGGUCCCAAUCCUUUGGGAUUGACCAGAUCGCCAGUGGAUGACAGAGACGAUGGGGAGAUUCUGGGUCUCUUUUCCCGCAAUCACAUUCACUACUCGAUGCUGGCCCACGCUUGUUUCCGUGCUGAGCUGGUGUUCGGCGGAAUAAGCCCUGCAUCCACCCCGUACGAACUGUGGCAUGUCUUGAGAAAGAUGCAGAUCACAUCUAUUGUGUGCCAUCAAACGCUUCUCCCCGUAUUGCGUGAGGCUAUCAAACUGGGUAUCGGUCCGGACAACGAGAAGCUCAGACUCGUGCUUGAUCCAAGGAAGAUCGUUGUGCUGGCAGAUAAUUCUUCCUUGGAUUCUGUCGAGGGCUAUCCGACUGUAGAGUCUUUCGUGCGGCGUGGCUUGCAGAUGGAAGAGCGCAAAAGAAAACUCAUUGGCGGCGACAAGUUGUGUUAUCUGUUCCAAUCGUCGGGUACGUCUGGUCUGCCCAAGGCCAUGAUGAUCUCCCAUAGAAAUGCGGUCUCCAGCGGUCUACAAGGCAUCACAGCGGCGACUCUGACUGCAUUGUUCAACGGAGUCGAACCUCUCACACACCAAACACUCCUUGGGAUAGUACCGGCAUACCAUUCUUACGGCAUGAUCAUGUGGAUUUUGCGGGUCAAUCUUGCUCCGGCGACAAACGUCAUGAUGGCGAAAUGGGAUAUCGAACUUGCACUGAAAUCCAUUCAGAAGUACAAGGUCACGGUCCUGACGCUAGUACCACCGAUUGUGAGGCAACUUGCUCAGUCUCCGCUGACUGACAAGUAUGACCUAUCGUCGAUUGUCAGCUGCUCCAGUGGCGCUGCCUAUCUCCCACCCGACGUUGCAUAUCAGCUUGCGCAGAAACUGCCCGUUAAAACGCCUAUUCCCUCCGGAUAUGGCCUUUCCGAAGCUGCGUCUAUUGCGUCACCUCCUGUAGCAGGUAUCUUCGGCUUGAAGGCGUCUGAGCCUGGUACAAUCGGCUAUCUUCUCCCAGGAAUGGAAGGCCGAGUUGUUGACCCGGACACUUUGAAAGAUGUGCCGAAGUGCACCAAGGGCGAGCUAUGGGCAAGGGGUAAUGUCGUGUGCAUGGGAUACUUCCGGGAUCCAAAAGCCACCGCCGAACUGUUCGCGGAGCCUGGUUGGUUGAGGACAGGAGACCUUGUCAUGCGAGAUGCCGAAGAUCGAAUCCAUUACCUCGACCGUCUAAAGGAGAUGAUCAAGGUGAAAGGGUUGCAAGUUGCAGCAACCGAGGUGGAAGAUACCCUGCUUGAUCACCCUGAGAAGCUUGUAACGGACGCAUGUGUUGCUGGAGUUGACAACGGUCGAGGCGACGGAAGCUUGUUCCCGAGAGCGUGGGUGGUGUUAAGCGCCGAAGGCAAGAAACAAGGUGCGGAAGCAGUGAUCAAGAAGCUGAACGAGCAUGUUGGGCAGCGCUUGAGUAAGCACAAGCAUCUUGCAGGAGGAAUCGAAAUAGUCGACUCGAUUCCCAGGACACCGUCCGGGAAGAUGUUGCGAAGAGAGAUGAGAGACGCUUAUCAUCGCCGCAUUAGCAGGGGAAACGUGGCGAGCAAGUUAUAA